UAAUAACAGGAUGCUGAAGUCUUUUUUCUUUUCUGCAAAAUAUCCCCUCUUAAAAUAAACGCCAUUUCACAGAUUCUUCCAGGGCAGGGGAAAAGACAAGCCACUUCAUACAGAGAUUUUACAGGCAACCUCCGAUGAACACACACAUAUAUAUACAUACAUACAUACAUACAUCCUCAUCAAAGCACACGUUUUAACAAAGGAUGUUAUGAUGCCCGUAUUAUUCCUUUUAAAUUGAUGCCAAGACGAAUGGACAUAAGUCCACACAGUCAAUGGAACAAAAUCUGAGCCUUGUUGAGAAAAUAAUCCUGGGUGAGUCAGUAGCCCCCAUUGUCAUCUGGCAAAAACACCUGAGCUACUGUUGACAAUAGAGGACAAAAGCAACAGGAGAAGAAAGUAGAAGGUACCAAAGAGCACAUCACUGACCUAAGAAGAUACAGAUCUUCUUCACCUGAAAAACUGUUUUGUGUAAAUCAGAAACUCCCCAACCUGUCACCCUGGAGUCGUGGAAGAGGUGGAAUGAAGGCAGAAUGGUGUGGUGUGAGAAAGGGGUUCAGAUUCUUAUGACCACAGUAGGAGCUUUUGCUGCAUUUGGGCUUAUGACAAUCGCCAUAGGAACCGAUUACUGGCUGUAUGCCAGGGCCUUCAUUUGUAACACUACUAAUAUAUCGAGUGAGGAAGCAACAUUGAAAGAUAAAAAAGAUCCAGGAGGGCUGACCCAUUCUGGCCUCUGGAGAAUUUGUUGCUUGGAAGGCCAAAAAAGAGGUAUAUGUGUAAAUAUAAAUCAUUUUCCAGAAGACACAGACUAUGAUCAUGACAGUGCUGAAUAUCUUUUGCGUGUUGUCCGUGCCUCAAGCAUCUUCCCUAUCCUCAGUGCCAUGCUCCUUUUACUUGGGGGCCUAUGCGUUGCUGCCAGUCGUGUUUACAAAUCCAAGCGUAACAUAAUCUUAGGGGCUGGUAUUCUAUUUGUUGCUGCAGGUCUAAGCAACAUCAUUGGUGUGAUUGUUUACAUUUCUGCAAAUGCAGGAGAUCCAGGGACUAAGAGAGAUGAUGAGAAGAAAAGUCAUUACUCAUAUGGCUGGUCUUUCUACUUUGGAGGGCUUUCUUUUAUCAUUGCUGAGAUGAUAGGAGUUCUUGCAGUAAAUAUCUACAUUGAGAAAAACAGAGAAGCCCACUGUAAAUCACGUACAGAACUGAUUAAAAAUCCAUCAGCCAUCCUUCGUCUCCCUAGUUACCGUUUUCGAUAUCGUCGACGCUCUAGAUCAAGUUCACGCUCCACUGAACCUUCUCAGUCAAGGGACACUUCUCCCGUUGGAGUGAAAGGGAUACCAUCAACUGACAUCUCCAUGUAUACAUUGUCAAGAGAUACCUCUAAAGCCAAUGUAAGCAGCUUAUAUAAUACAGAGCGUGGGGAUCACAGUUUUCUACAGCUUCACAACUGCUUUCCUAAGGAUUCCGGGGUUACCGUCACCGUCACAGGACCAGCCUCAAACACAGGCACCCUGGGCAAAGACGGUUCCAAUACCAACACGCUAAACAGGAAAACUACACCUGUGUAGGUGGGCCCAAGGCAAACAUAUUCUAAAUGAGUGUGAGGAAGUGUGUGUUCUAUGCGUGUAAUAGUGUGAGUCUUGGAAUGGAGAUAGGAGCCAUUUUAUGCCAUGUAGCUGCCAAUUACUGGUCUAGAGGAACAUAAUGGCCCUAGACCUUUGUACCAGUGAAAUAUUUACAUUUUGGAACCAAAUGAUAUACAUCCUGAAAUCUGCAUUAUAAGUAUUUUGGUAAAAAGAAAAUACAUAUUCCAAGAGAACAUGUAAAAAGGAUCAUAGAAUUCAACUUUUUUUUUCACAGAUAGGCUAAAAUGAUUUUAUCUAACCAUCCAUCAUUUGGCAUAUGUAAGGUCCCUUUUACUGCUGUAGUUUCUUUUACCAUGUUAUUGCACAUUUGCAACAUAAUUAUAAAGCUAGAAUCAGUGUAAAAUCUAAACUUAGCACAUACUGAAAAAGAUAAUUACAAGAUCUUGGAAAGUAAAAAAAAUAGACAAGAAUAGUAGGAUUAAGCUGGGUGUAAAACAGUUGCAAGUUUUCUUGUUUUUUUUUGUUUUGCUUUUCACAACAAGAUGAUCUCCCCAACAGUUGCAUUUACAUAUACCAUGUGUGCUAAAAGCCAAAGUGCUUAGUUUAAUAAGAGACUUAAAUAUACAGAGCAGCCUUAAAUGAAAAAGAAAAUAGUAUAAAUAUUUUAAUUUACUCUACUCUUAGAAAUUUUUAACAAAUAUGAUGCUGACUUGAUGUAUUUCCUUGAGAAAUUAGUCUCUAGGAGUUAAGAUCAGCUACAAUUAUGACUGAUUUUGCCAGUCUUCAAAAGUUAUUCAAUUUACAAUUUGAUUUGCCAAAAGUGAACACAUGUCAGAGUGAAUGAAUGUUUAAGUAACUUUGACUCUAAUAAAACUAGGAAAAUUAUAGCAUAGACGAUGUACCUGAUUUGCAGAAGUCUGUUUUCCUUCACCCUACUGGCCAUAGUUAGGUGACAAUAAUAAUAAUAAUUAUUAUAAUUAUUAAAAUUAUGCCAUUGGCAUUUAUAUUUAUCAGGUGAUAACCAAAUAAUGGACUUGUUUCACUACACAAGUUCUCUGCUCAAUUCUUAGAGCAUUUCCUGAGAGAUAGAAAUUGGCAAGGUGUUUGAUGCAUUCUGCUUUUUAAGGAUGAAGCUUGGGGUACAAUAUCACUUCAAACACAACAAAUGUGUAACAGAGACAUGCUAGACACAACCGCAGUCCUAAACUAAAUGAGAAAAUGGUGUCACAUACUAGUAACUAGAUCUGACCAUGGGCUUUUGUAUUAGGGUAUAUAUAUCAUGAGUCAGUCAUGAUGUUGGGAUUCAGGAGCUAACUCAUAGGCAUUGUUCUGUUCUCAUCAAAACCCUGAAAAUAGGAAUUAUCCUGUCUCAUCGACUACAUCAAUGUUGACUAGCCAUUUCACCAGAGGGAUUUUUGAACACCAUUUCUAUUAACAAUGACUGAGCAUCAAUGAAAUAUAUUUCACAAAUUGGAAUGUUUGUUGUAACCAAUGGUUGGGUGUCUCUCUGUGCUAACAGGAUAUCAGUGCUGAAUAUUGAUUUGUUAUACUUUUUACUUUAUUUGCAUGCAUAUAUGUUGAAAGUUACAUACACAGGCUUAUAUUUCACCUUAAAUAUUUCACUUUUAUAAUAACAUUUUAUACAGACUGUGAAAAAAAAACAAUUUCACUGGAAUACCUCGGGAAACACAGCAAAAAGGCAAUUGUUGAUAAAAAGGGAAUGAUAGGUCUGUCACGUGUAUUAAAGGUGUUAUAGAAACACUAAGUGAAGUGUCAUGGCUACCAGUGUUUUUGUCUGUUUAAUCAGUUUACAAUAAAGCUAACAAGUGAAAAGUAUUUCCAUCAAACAAAGUUAUAGUAUAUUUAGCUAUAUCUUACAGAUUUACACUGUGGAGGUAGUCAUAUUGGAAUUGGAUCCCAAUUUUCAAACCUUUAGUAAAGGUUGCUGAGGAAAAAUAGGAGUCUGUAAUCCGCUAAGGAUUUCAUAAAGUGCAUUCCUUCUUGUGUAAGCCAAGCCCUCAGCUAUCAUUUAGAUUUUUGGCUUUCCACAACAUUCCUUUCUUUCUAAUAUCCACUUUACAGCCUCCCCUCGUUUCUAUAAAAUAGAAUAUUUAACUUUUCUUCUAAUCUGUUAUUUGCCUUGAUUUAUAUAGGGCUUCAAUGCAUUUAUUCCUCUAAAUUUCUUUCGGAUUCAUGAAAUGCCAUACAUUUAUCACAGCUAGAAACAAAUAAAUAAAUA